AUGAAAUCCACAUUGAUUUUAUUAAUCACAUCGCUGUUAAUUCUAAACGAUGCAUCUCCACCUGAGCUCAGACUACGUGAUAAUCUCUUGCACGAUUAUAAUCCACUUGAACGACCAGUUGAGAGAAGUGAAGACCCUGUUAUGGUAACACUUGGCGUAGUGUUCCAGCAAAUUAUCAAUUUAAACGAACGUGAAGAAAAGUUGGAAGUUAACGCUUGGCUCAAAUAUUCGUGGAAAGAUAUGAAGCUUCGUUGGGAUCCAUUAGAAUAUCAAAACGUUACAGACUUGAGGCAUCCUGCUGGAAGCAUUUGGCAGCCUGAUAUUCUUCUUUAUAACAGCGUUGAUUCAACAUUUGAUAGCACUUUUAAAGUGAACGUUAUCAGCUACAAUGAUGGGACAAUUUCAUGGAUACCGCCAGGAAUUUUUAAGGUCUCCUGUAAAAUUGAUAUUUAUUGGUUCCCUUUCGAUGAACAAAUUUGCUAUUUUAAGUUUGGUUCAUGGACGUUCAGUGGUAAAGAAAUUGAUUUACAACCCGGUGAAUUUGAUAUGUCGGACUUUAUUGAAAAUGGUGAAUGGGUGAUUCUAAAAACUUGGGAUGAACGGAAUGAGAAAUUCUACGACUGCUGCCCGGAACCUUAUCCCGACGUCAAAUUUUUCAUACAUCUGCGGCGGCGAACAUUAUAUUAUGCAUUCAAUUUAAUAAUGCCAUGUAUGCUAACAAUGAUCUUAACUGUGCUUGGUUUCACGCUAAGUCCAGAUACCUGUGAAAAGAUUGGAUUACAGAUCUCAGUUUGCCUUGCUAUUUGUAUUUUUCUCACGAUAAUGAAUGAAAUGACACCACCGACUUCCGAAGCAGUUCCUUUGCUGGGCAUAUUCUUCCAGAGUUGCAUGGUUAUAUCUGUAGCAGCGACAGCAUUUACUGUAUAUGUUCAAGCAGUUCAUUUCCGGAAUCCUGACAAUCAGCGCCGAAUGGGAUUUUGGAUGCGAUAUAUUUUACUUGAAUGGAUUGCUUUUAUACUUCAAAUGCGUCAACCGAAACGAGAAAAUAAUCUGAAAACAAUAAAGGACAGUUGGCAACAACGAAAAAACCGUUCUAAAGAAGAUCGAACAGCUUUUUCUUAUAAUGAUGGUAAAUCAAAAGUUAUACAAAAAAUUGGUGAAUCUUUGCAAGAAAAUUUUCAAUAUUUCAUGUUUCAUAUUCAAAUAGGUCAAUAUACGAAAAACGAUCAAAAUUUACAACAACGGUUGAGACUUCUUGACAGAAUUUACAGUCACGUCAAGUCAAUUCGGGAAAGAAGUGAUGAGGAGAUAGAAGUCAAAUAUAUCGCAAAUGAAUGGCGAUUUGCUGCUAUGGUUGUGGAUCGACUUGGCCUUUUGCUAUUUACAACUGUUAUUGCAAUAACAUCAUUAAUAAUUUUUACACGUGCACCUUAUCUUGUCUCAUGA